AUGCCACCCUGUCUGUACAUCUGCUGCCACUUUGAGAUCACCGACGACCACCAUGGCUCCCCAUCAAGACCCAAAGCCAUUCAAGAUGGUCGACACAUCUCCCGCCGCCACUCCCAUACCAGNAGAACGACAACGACAAAGUCCUCGAGCAGACAAGCCAAGAGNAAAGAUCACACGAAAGACCCAGACAUCAAUCUCGCCAUCGUUCUCCCACAUCUCCAACCAACCCCAGUAGCCACCCAAAUCAAUGCCAUCCGCGAACACAUCGAAAAAGAAGACACACGCCACUCCCUCACCAUCACAAAACUACACAAAACCCUCGAUACCGAGCACGCCCGCUACGAUUCCCGCACCAAAGGCUUCCGCUCGCGACUCAUUGACUUAAGUACCGCGCAUCAACACCAUCUCCGCAGUUCACCCAAGAAGUUGCUGCAGCAGCCCGAAAAUGUCAACGAUGAUGGAGGAGUGAUUUGUGAGAGUGCAGGCAAACAAGGCUACAUAGCCAAAUGGCUUGAGGGACUCAAAUCCAUGAGUUCGUUUUCUGGGAUGAGGGAAAGUAGUGAUGGGGACAGUAGCGUGGAGGUUGUGGCUGCCAAAGAUGCAAAGGGAAAAGGCAANGGGGUUAGGAUCGUUAGUGAUGGGGUCGAGGAGGGUGGUGGUGAUGUCUGA